AUGUUCACUUCCGAGAAGAAGGACAACGAGGUUGUCAUGCUCGAGCAGCAGAGAACCAACGAAGAUGACCUCCAGAAGUCCACACCCAUUGUCAACAAAGUCGACUACUCGGGUGCCUAUGAGAAAACCGACCCCAAGGAAAUCGCUCUUGUGAAGAAGCUCGACCGAUGGAUUAUGCCUAUGCUUUGGUCCAUGUACUGGCUCAAUUACCUGGAUCGCAAUGCCAUUGCUCUAGCCCGUCUUGACAAUCUUGAGAAAGAACUCAACCUCACCAGCACACAGUACCAGACCUGUGUGUCCAUCCUGUUCGUCGGCUAUCUGCUGGGUCAAAUUCCCAGCAACAUGUUCCUUAAUAGAACACGUCCCUCUCGCUAUAUGGGAAUCUGCAUGAUGCUCUGGGCUGUCGUCUCCGCCAUCACUGCUCUAGCCAAAGAUUUCAAAGGACUCCUGCUCACCCGUUUCUUCUUGGGUAUCACUGAGGCUCCGUACUACCCUGGUGCUGUUUACCUGCUCUCGAUGUUCUACAACCGUAAGGAGGUCGCAACUCGCAUUGCCAUCCUGUACACCGGUAACAUCCUUGCCACUGCCUUUGCUGGUCUGAUCGCGGCUGGCAUCUUCCACGGUCUAGAUGAUGUCGCCGGCAUCAGUGGAUGGCAAUGGCUCUUUAUCCUCCAGGGUGUUGUAACGUUCCUCAUUGCUAUUGUCGGUUUCUUCCUCCUGCCCGACUUUCCUCACAACACUUGGUGGCUCACACAGGCUGAGCGCGAUCUGGCUGUCAAUCGUAUGGCUAUUGAUACUGUCGGGAAGAGCGAGAACACAACUGUUUGGGCCGGUUUCCAGCAGGCUGCCAAGGACCCUAUGGUCUGGGUUUUCGCGGUCAUGGCUCAUCUACACUUGGCAGCCAAUGGCUUUAAGAACUUCUUUCCUACAGUGGUUCAAACUCUCGGGUUCAAUACGACUAUAACGCUGGUUUUGACGUGCCCUCCCUACCUCAUUGCAGGUGCGGUCACCAUCGCAGUUUCCUGGUCUUCUGGGAAAUUCAACGAGCGCACAUGGCACAUUACUAUCUCUAAGAUCGUUGCUACUAUUGGAUUCCUUGUGGCGUGCGCGCCCCUUGGUGUUGCCGGCCGCUACGUUGCCAUGAUCAUUUUCACUAUCGGCACCUACGGUGUCAACUCUCUAAUUCUAGGGUGGUGCGGAUCCACUUGUGGUCAGACCCCUGAGAAGAAGGCUGUAGCCAUCGGUAUCGUCACCACCAUCAUGAACGCUUCCUUCAUCUGGACCCCCUACUUGUGGCCCAAGUCUGAUGGUCCCCGAUACAUCAUUGCGCUCUCAUCCUCCGCUGCCUUCUCUAUCGGCACGUUUGCCACUGCAUGGGUUGCUAAGAUCAUUUUGAUGCGCCGCAACAAGAAGCUCCGCGAGAGCGGCGACGAAGUCCAGACCUUCUUUGUCUACUAA